AUGGUCUCAUAUUAUCUUGGUUUUUCUAGUUUGUCUCGAUAUCGCGAUCCAACGACCACUGAUUAUGAAGCGAACCAGCGGCUGGCGACUUAAAGUUUAGCUAGCCGAAGUAGCCUCUCUCGUGUUCUUGGUGGAGAGAUACUUGGCGCUUAACAGGCUCGCUCAUUGGCUAAGCCCCACCCUUAGCCGGCAGACGCCGUAACUGCCGCUCCCUCCAACGUUUUGCACUUCGAAGCCUGGCUUUUCCUCUUCUUGCUCUUCUUCCUGCAGUUACAAGGCCUCCUCGCAGUCCAUAAUACUAUCAUCUACACGCCUGUUCUCUCCUCUAUAUAGGGCUGGGUAACUAACCCCGAUCGAGUAUCUCACUCGUUACUUUUACUACACCUUACUAAACCCACGCCUGUUACGUCACCGGCCCGGUGUGCGUUGUAUCCGCUGCACCCCGCAGCAGCCACAACAAUAUUCUCACUAUACCACAAGAAUAAGAGGGAAGAAGGAAUCGCUCACUACGGUCAACUCCAAAGUGAUUUCCAACGGCUCCUAUCCGCAUCGUGUGCCUAUGGCUACAGGUAUAUUAAUCCCCGAGUCGUCCUCGCCCUAUCACUCGAGGGAUGGCAACAUGCUAGAGCUUGUACAAGUCAGGAGCUAACGUGAAAAUCCUCUUCCGUAGUUACCCUACACGCCGUUACCCUCGAUGGAGGUGACGAUAUAGGGGAGCGGGAUGUCUAUUUCUCGUCUACUAUGUAUCGUUGCAUCAUCGGCCGCUCAUCGCAGUCCGGGAAGAGUCUGUUAAAGGCUAGCAAGGAUAAUCUUCGAUUCGACAAUCGUGUUGUCUCUCGCAACCAUGCUGAACUAUUUGUGGAUGUUAUAAAGAAGGUGACUCAUCCUAGCUACCAUCAAAUAUCCUCCUCCAUUCUGACUGUGAUACUUCAUAGGAAAUCCAUAUCAAAGAUCUCUACUCUUUACACGGAACGUUGCUAAAUGACAUCAAGUUGACUUCAGGACUGAAGCUAGUCUCAAGUGGGGACACAGUUGUCCUGGGAGCCACCGUCAAUAGAGGAGAAGGUACGCAUGGACUUCCAAUUGGAAUCCUAUAGGGUUUUAAAACUAACUUGCGUGACGCCGUAGACUCAUAUAAACCAGUCAAAAUUCGUAUUAGCUAUACAUGGAACGACCCUUCUGAGGCCAUACCCUCCUGUGAAUUACCAGCCACAAACACAUAUACUGUUCCAGAUGACGAGGAAGGUAGUGAGGCUCAAAGUGAGAACGGGGGUAGUCAUAUUCUUGAUGCAGAACAUGACCCAUCCUUCCAGUGCCAAACGACGCCAUUACAGCCAAAGUCAGGUGCGGAUAUCAUAUCCAUCAAGUCAUCUCCAGACCCGGCCGAGCGCGAGACAGAUAUCUCCUCCACGCGCGCCUGUCGCGAUAGCGCCACAGGCCCUUGGUAUUCACGUGCCCCCUAUCCUGGCGGAGAAAGGCCAGUCGGCCCGUGGCCUUACAUUCACUCUCAUUCAACAGGCCGCCCUACAGUCGACAAAAUCCCGGAUAUAAAUGAUCAGUGCCAUGUUCCGUUCUUAGGGAAACAGCCCCUUACAUUCCCCGAGAUACACAACCAGUUUCGACGUCAACUCCCGCCUCUGAAUACAUAUGCACUUCCAUUGGAGCUGGCUCCCGCCCGGGUUCAUCCAUCUCGUAACUCUCUAACGAAGGAGAAUCUAGAUAAACUUGCUGAGAAAGCAACCACAAAACAAGUUGGUCCCAUUCCAUCAUCACCAACUAGCUCCCACGCUUGCGGUACCAAGCGUAAGUUUGAUGAUUUAUGUGCUGCUGAGGCCAUAGAUGGCGAAAUUCUCCCUGAUGCCCAACCUCAAAAAAACCUCCCAGGCAAUGAUACAACCGAGGAAAUUGAGUAUAAUCCUCCACAGAAGCGAGCGAAAUCUUCCAAUGCCGAACAGCCUUCUCGUCUUGGGGUUUUUGCCCGCUAUGCUGCUACAGCUAUCACUGGGGCCGUUUUAGGUGGAGUCGGGACUGUUGUCGCUCUUGCUUCCCUACCACCAGGCUAUUUUGAUUAAAAAGAAGCAAGACAAACAGGUCCCUAUAUCCACCUUCCGAGCUGCUGCAUUUUACUUUACUACCUUCUUUCUUUUUCACCCCUGGUCCAUUGGUCUUCUAUUCAUGGUUCCCUUUUUUU